AUGUCGGCUGAGCAGUUUUUCAGCAUGUUUAACAAGCAGAAGAAGCGCGUAGAAGUGAUGCCGAGCAAUCGCCAACCGUUCCGAGUGGUCAAAGAAGACCCCGAUAAGCCCCAAGAUAUCCCAUCGGAACUCCAAAAAAGGGCUCGAAACAAGAAGCGAAAGCGGCUGGAAAUCAAAAACGAUCAGUACGAGCAGCUAAUGAUGCUAAGUGUCCCAGUGAGGUUCCCGAAAGGAAUGAGCCUCUACCCAACACAGAAAUUGAUGAUUGUCCGUAUUCUGGCAGCACUCAAAAGCAGUCAAAAUGUGCUUGGAGAGUCUCCGACGGGCAGUGGAAAGACAAUGGCACUGCUAUCAUCGACUUGUGCCUGGUUGAAUCAGUAUAUCGAGGAGAAGAAGAAGUCCAGGGAGAAGUGUCCGAUUCAUGGGUCCAUGGGAGGAGUCAGAAAAGAAGAGUAUGGGGAAGAGGAAGCGGAGGAGAACCAGUCAGAAGUCAAAGUAGAGGUCAAACAGGAGAACAUUGCAGUCAAAACAGAGAAAAAGGAUCUGUCCCCUAAAAUCCAAGAUUUUUCAGUUGAAGAGCAAUGGAGAGACGAUUUCAUACCACAUGGAGGCCCCGGACCAUCGCUGAAAUUCGAGAUGGAUUCUGUGAAAAAAGAGGAAAAGGUGGAAAAUGCAGCCACAGACUGUACAUGUAUGCCACGCGUCCGAAUCUACUACGGUACCCGCACCCAUAAGCAAAUCGCUCAGGUCGUCAAGGAGUUUUCUCGCCUUCCAUAUGCCAAUAUUAUCAAACACACCAUCCUCGCCAGCCGUGACCAAUCGUGCAUCAAUCCGACCGCCCGUAAACAACCGGACAUCUCGGGUUACUGUAAAGAGAUCAACAGCGCGCAUGGAAUCGGCUGUCAAUUCAAGAAUGCGAUGAGACCACGGUUUGAGAAGGCGUCAAUGCUGAGAAGUCAUUUGAUGGAUCAGGGAACCAUGGUAUUCGAUAUGGAGGAGAUCGUGGAGACGCUAGCCCUCGCCUACCCCCAAAUCUGUCCCUACUUCUCCACAAAUCGCAUCCUCACCCAAGACGCCGACCUCAUCUUCUGCCCAUUCUCCUAUCUCGUCGAUCCCCUGAUACGAAACUCGUCAGAUGUCCAUGUCAAGAACUCUGUAGUGAUUCUAGAUGAAGCACACAACAUCGAGGACACUUGUCGAGAAGCUGCGAGUUUCACUUUCACCGAGAAGGAGCUGGAUGACUCAUUGCUCAGCUUUAGACUGAAAAGAGUCGCAAUCGAUAACAUCACCUCUAAUAAAAGUGCAGAGGAAGCCUUUGCAGAUGUCCCAGAUGCUAGUAUUCAUAUGAAGGAAUUCAAGGGACAUCUCAUGUAUCUAGAACAUCUAACACUGGAAAUCCUUCGAUGGGUACGCCACGUGGCAGAGGAAGCCAGAACGCCGCCUAAAUCUAGGCAGGAGGGGCUGAAGACGUGUACACUGUCUUCAGAGACACUGUUCUCCUCACUGACUAAUGCAGAGAUUGGAGUGGAUUUGUUUGCACCGCCCAACACGCCAAAGCAUAACGCGAUUGCUAACUACAAAAAUUCAAAUUUCCAGACCUCAUUCGGUGCGAUCACCAAACAAAACGAGCCGGAAAUGAAGGAGAUGGAUCAGUUCAAGCCCAGUGCCACUGCCAUCGUUGUCAUCGAGAAAUGGCUCUAUUUUCAGUCGUAUUUCGGAAAUCAACAGUAUCGACCAACUUAUAGCGAAACGCGUUCAAUCAUCCUGGCAUCAGGAACCCUGUGCCCUAUGGACACUCUGAAAACCGAACUAGGAAUGGAAUUCAAGCAGCAGGUCGAAGGAGACCAAGUCAUUUCUCCUGACAACAUCUUCGCGGCGGUUCUUCCGAUUGGACCACAUGGAAAUAGGAUAACUUGCACCUAUAGGAACACUUCCGAUCCAGAAUCACCGUUCUAUGAAGAGGUGGCCUCUAUUGUGAAGUACGUGUGCACGAACGUGCCAGCCGGAAUCCUGUGUUUUCUGCCCAGCUACCGUGUGCUGGAACAACUGAAAAUGUGCAUGUACAAGAAUCAAAGUAUGCUCCAUAUCAAAUCCAAAAAAGUGAUUCUUUUCGAACCCCGACGAUCCUCAGAGCUAUCGGCAGUGAUGGAUGAAUUCGAUGAGGCGAUUUUCAAUCCAACGAGAUUCGGAGCCACCAUCAAUGGAGCUUUGAUGUUCGCAGUGUUCCGUGGAAAAGUGUCAGAAGGCAUUGAUUUCGCAGAUGAUAGAGCUAGAGUGGUCAUCAGUGUUGGAAUCCCUUAUCCCAAUGCAAUGGAUGAUCAAGUGAAUGCUAAGAAGAUGUACAAUGAUCAGAAUUCCAAGGAAAUGGGAAUUCUGAAUGGAGAUGAGUGGUAUACGACACAGGCGUACCGGGCGUUGAAUCAGGCAUUGGGAAGAUGUCUCCGCCACAAAAACGAUUGGGGCGCCAUGCUGAUGAUCGAUGAUCGUUUGGAACGUCAAACCUCCCAGCUUACGACUGGCGCGUCGUCGGCGCGUGUCUCCAAAUGGAUUCGUGCUCAACUGAAGAGCUAUCCGAGUUUCAGACAAUUCAAUGCCAACUUCAGAGAGUUCAUUGAACGAAGACUAUCCAUUGUAAAGAAGGAGCAGGAGGACGCAUGA